CUCGCCACAAGACGAGUUUACUCAGUUCACUUUUAUCGUCGUUGGUGUAAAGAUGCAGUCAGUUCUCAAGCUCAGUUUUGCAGUUGUGCUGCUAAUCGCAUUAAAUUGCGUUCUACUUUGCGCAGCUCAAGGCGGCAACGGCGGUUGGGGUGCUGGCGGUGGCGCCUCUGGCGCUCCAGGUGCUCCCGGCGGUGGUGAUGGCGCCCCCGGAGCACCAGGAGCACCCGGUGGUGGUGAUGGCACUCCCGGAUCGCCAGGAGCACCCGGUGGUGGUGAUGGUGCUCCCGGAUCGCCAGGAGCACCCGGCGGUGGUGACAGUGCCCCAGGCGCGCCAGGAGCACCCGGCGGUGGUAAUGGUGCCCCAGAAUCGCCCGCUCAAGGUGGCAACGGCGGUUGGGGUGCUGGCGGCGGCGCCCCCGGAGCACCAGGAGCCCCCGGCGGCGGUGAUGGUGCCCCAGGAGCGCCCGGUGCACCUGGCGGUGGCCAUUAUGGCCAUUACGAUCACGGCGAUAGGAGCUCAGCUGGCUUCGCACAAUUACAGUGGCUGUUGAUGUUAAUGCCAAUCACGUUUCUUUUGAAAUAUAUUUAAAUUAUGAUUGUAUUAUUUACGCAUAUAUCUCAGUCUAGAAUAGCUACAAUCAUGGAUGCUAGCUUUAAAAGAUAAUAUUUUUGAUUUAAAUUUUUAUUAAUAAAUAUUUGCCGUAUGGUGAUAUCAAUUUA